AUGACGUUACGUAUUUGCAAUUUUUUGGUAAAUAUAAAGAUUUAAAACAAAGCAAUGAGGAAAAUCGUUUAAAUAUUAUUAUGGAAAUUCAGUUAAUGAAGAAUUUGAAAAAUAUGUUAAAUUGAUUACAGUGCAAUCACUUGACUUGGACCUGUCUCUUCCAAUAUCAAUUGCGGUGAAAAUAAUUCGGAGACAACCGUUUGUUUCUUUUUGUUAAUUUGAAUAUUUUAUUACAUUUAAAGAAUAAACAAAUGUAAAAAUAUUGGUGAUAAAGUUCACAGUGUUGGUGUUCCGGUGCAAAAUAAGAAACGGAAUGAUCAGUGACUCAUAAAUUCAUAUUUUGGGGUUAUCUGUGAUGGAAUACCUCAUUCGCUGGAAAUGGGAGGAUAUGUGCGGGCCGGUAGGGCUGCGGCCGUGGGACGAUGUCAACAAGGACUUCGGGCAGUGCUUCCAGGAACUUUUCUUACAAAUACCCACAUAUUUCCUUAUAGCCAUUGUCUCUGGCUACUAUGUGGGCUACAGAAAAGAGUGGGUAAUUCGGGAGAAGACGCAGGAACGUGCUGUAGUCUUUCGUAGCUUUGUGGUUCUAGCAUUAGUGUUCAUUCCAAUAAUAGAGCUGUAUAUUUUUAUAACAAAACCAGGUUUUACUUUAUAUCCAGUUGAUUAUUUUGCUGCUGGAGCAUCAUGUCUCGCGUGGUUGGUACAUUUUGGAUAUGUACUGGCAUUGAAACAUCGUUUGGGGGCCAGUGCAAGAGGCCCCUUUUUGCAACUGAUCCUGUGGUUUUGCUCAGUGCUAGUCAGUAUGGUAGCACUACGGACCAGUAUACACACUGGGACCAUAACAGCCUUCAAUAUUGCCACACUCUCAUGCCACGCCUUGUACCUACUGACUCUCUUACCAUCAAGUGACUCAAGACCUACAUUCUACUCUCCUUGUCUUGUUGGAUCUCAACAUACACAUAGUGAAUAUACACCAUUACUUCCGCACUUGGAUGAAGGCAUACUGGGUACAGCUAUGCAAGGGACUGGCUGUUGUUCUAAGUUGUCAUUUUCAUGGGUUGACCCCUUGCUCCAAAAAGGUUUAGAGAACAAAUUAAAUGAUCCAGAAGAACUGUUUGACAUUCCUGCAAAGUACCGCUGUUCAUAUGUGGGUGCUAGGAUGGAUAGAGCUUUGAUUGGCAAUGUAGAUCAGUACCAGCAGUUCGAAGAAAUCCCUCAUGAACCAUUUAUAUCUACAGGUUACGGUGCAGUAGGGGAGACUGGUCCUCAAGCAUCUACUCCUGUUACUCCAACAUCUCGUGUGCUGGUUCGUUCACCACGCAGACAGAAUGUCACCCUACUCCGUGCCCUGCAUGCAUGCUUUGCAUUCCAGUUCUAUAGCAUCGGCAUACUAAAGCUCGUGUCGGAUAUGGCAGGGUUUGCAGGACCCAUACUGCUAAAUAGACUCAUUGUGUUUGUUCAAGACGAAUCCAUAGAUCAACAUUUAGGGUACUCCUAUGCAGCAGCACUAAUGGCCGCCACAUUGAUAUCAGCUCUGUUCAACGUCCACUUUAACUGGCUGAUGUCUCUCAUCGGAUUGAAGAUGCGAGGCGCCAUAGUCGCGACGAUCCUUAGGAAGACACUCAGCGUUACUUCCACAGAACUGACUAAGAGGUUCUCAGUGGGGGAAAUAACCAACUUCAUGUCUACUGAUACUGAUAGGAUCGUCAAUUCCUGUCCCAGUUUCCAUGCAUUGUGGAGUAUACCUUUACAGCUAGUCAUCACUCUAUUUCUGCUUUACCAACAAGUCGGCAUAUCUUUCUUAGCUGGCAUAGCAUUCUCUGUAAUCUUAAUACCCAUAAACAAAGUCAUAGCUAACAAAAUCGGUCAGCUGAGUAACGACAUGAUGACGCACAAAGAUUCCCGUGUCAGUCUGAUAAGUGAUCUACUGAAAGGCAUCAGAACUGUUAAAGUCCACGUUUGGGAAGACUACUUCAUAGAAAGAGUUACUGAGGCUCGCUCUCAAGAGUUGAAAUACCUGCGCGGGCGCAAGUACCUGGACGCGAUCUGCGUGGUGCUGUGGGCGACCACGCCCGUGCUGGUGGCAGCACUGACGCUCGGCACGCAUGCGCUGCGCGGCCAACAGCUGGAUGCGCCUACUGUUUUCACAACAGUAGCACUCAUCAAUAUGCUGAUAGCUCCACUGAACGCAUUUCCCUGGGUACUGAAUGGUCUCACCGAGGCCUGGGUCUCCAUCAAACGCAUACAAAAACUCUUGGACCUUCCAGAUAUGGAUUCGGAAGUCUAUUACGAUAGAGUCAAUACGAAUCACGAUGAGGACAAAGUUAUUAUAUUUAAGAACGCGUCGUUUGCGUGGGCUAAGCCUUCGAAACGUCGUAAACAUCCUCAAAGGACGAAGAAGAACAAGGGCAAGUCCAAGAAGCGCUUGUCAAUACAACGACGCGACUCUACUUCUUCGUCUGAAGCGUUGUUGCACGAUGAACCUUUUGCUUUGAAGGAUAUUUCUUUGGAGAUUGGCAAGGGGGAAUUAAUUGGUAUCACUGGUAGUGUCGGAUGCGGGAAAUCCUCUUUAUUGCUCGCUAUUAUUGGCGACAUGACGAAGCAAAGCGGCGAUAUACAGAUUCCGGAAAGUUUAAACGGUUUUGGUUACGUGUCGCAGAAGCCUUGGUUGGUUCGCGGAACUAUUCGCGACAAUAUUCUGUUUGGGAAACCUUACGAUGAAGGCAAAUUCCGCAGUGUGGUUGACGCAUGCGCUCUCACUGAAGACCUCAAUGUACUGGGUUGGAAUGCUUAUGUAGGCGAAGGUGGUUGCACACUGAGCGGCGGUCAGCGCGCACGCAUCGCUCUAGCUCGAGCGGUUUAUCAAGAUAAACAAGUAUACCUGUUGGACGACAUAUUCUCCGGCCUGGACGGCGUGGUAGCCUCCCACAUAAUGCAGCGCUGCGUACUGGGGCUAUUACGUCAUACCACGCGGGUACUGGUUGCCCACUCGCCGAGACAUCUCGCCAAGACUCACACCACUGUGUUGCUAAGAGACGGCGAGGUUGUCAAACAAGGUCCACCUGAAAUUAUUCUCAACGACAUCGAAGAGUUUCUCCCGAGCGAAACGGAAUCUAUCGGAGAAGAACCUGCCAAGCCGGUUGCCCCGCCGACGGACAACAUCGAUACCGUCAGCAGAAACAGUUUGGAAGAUGAGGAAACGAUGUCGCAAGGCACUGUCGGGUGGUGGGUCAUUGGGCUAUAUUUGAGAGCGGUCGGGUGGUGCCUGACCGUCAUAAUUUUCCUCUCCCUCGUCCUGAUGCAGCUUUCCCAAAACUUCACCUUCCUCUGGCUCACAUUCUGGCUCAAAAGCCGACCGAAGAACUCUACCACAGACGAUGUGUCUUUACACGAUAAUAACACACUUAUGGACCACGGGUUUAAUACUGUCGACAGUUUAAUACAUACUGUAUUAAAUACUUCUAUGUCGCUAAUACAUGAUAUCGUGUCUCCUGCAAACCGGACAUAUUUAAAAGCUAAUACACUAGAAGUGCCGUUAAGCAAUGUAACGCCGGCGCCUACUUACUCGGAUAACUUUUAUUUGGAAAUGUACUUCGGCCUCGCAGUACUGAAUCUGGUGUUUACGAUAAUGCGGGCGUUUCUCUUCGCCUAUGGAGGAGUCAAAGCUGCCGCCAAAAUACAUCGGGCUCUGCUCAAAGUUAUUGUUAAGGCAAAAGUGAAGUUUUUCGACGUGACGCCUAUAGGGCGUAUUGUGAACAGAUUCUCAUCGGAUACAUAUACUGUGGAUGAUUCGCUGCCUUUCAUUUUGAACAUAUUACUCGCUCAAUGCUUUUCGUUAAUCGGUGCGAUAGCGGUGACGGUGUACGGGUUGCCAUGGUUGCUGGUAGCUGUACUACCCCUCGCCGCCGUGUACUACUGGCUGCAGCGCCGGUACCGCGUCACCUCGCGCCAGCUCAAACGCCUGCAAAGCGUCACGCUCUCGCCCGUCUACGUACACUUCAACGACACUUUAGAAGGUCUGACCACCAUCCGCGCGCUGGGCUCAGACACGAGCAGCCGCUGGGCAUCGCGCGGGGCGGAGGGCGUGGAGGCGUGGCAGCGGGCGGCGAUGUGCGCAGCCGCGGCAGCGCAGUGGCUGGCGCUGCGGCUGCAGGCCGCCGCCGCCGCGCUCGUGGCCGGCGCCGCGCUGCUGGCGGUGCUGCAGCGAGGGACACCCGCCGCGGACGCCGGGUUAGUGGGUCUCGCCAUAUCGUACGCGCUGUCUAUGACGUCGAUGUUGAGCAACGUACUCAACGCCUUCACCGAGACAGAGAGAGAAAUGAUAGCAGUGGAGCGAGUCGGCGAAUAUAUCAAACAGGUGGAAAGUGAAGAGACAGACGGAGAAACGCCUCCAUACGGAUGGCCGUCUCAGGGCGUCAUUACCUUCGAUGAUGUUUAUCUUAAAUACAGCGGGAAAGAAAAUGGGUCGAUGGCUUUACAGGGCGUUACGUUCUCGACGUUUCCGGGGGAGAAGCUGGGCGUGGUGGGGCGCACCGGGGCCGGCAAGAGCUCGCUGCUGGCCGCGCUGCUGCGGCUGGCGGCGCCGGCGCGGGGCCGUCUGCUGCUGGACGGCGUGGACCUGGCCUCGCUCACCUUGCGCGCGCUCAGGUCGCGUAUCGGCAUGAUACCGCAGGAGCCGUUCAUAUUCUCGGGCACGGUCCGCGAGAACGUGGACCCGCUGCAGCAGUACCACGACGCGGAGGUGUGGCGCGCGCUGGACGCCUGCGGGCUGCGGCCGGCGCUGCAGGCGCGGGGCGGGCUGGGCGCCGCCGCCGCGGGGCUGAGUCGCGGCCGCGCGCAGCUGCUGUGCCUCGCCAGGGCCGUGCUGCAGCGCGCUAAGGUCCUAUUAGUAGACGAAGCGACAGCAAAUCUGGAUCAAGAAACGGAGCGGAUGAUCCUGGACACCAUUCGGAGUUCCUUCGGCGGGUCCACGGUGGUUUUCGUAGCGCAUAGAGUGGCCGGGGUUUUAGAAUGUGCGAGAGUGCUGGUACUAGGCUCCGGGCGCUUGCUGGAGCUCCGGGCGCCGGACGACGCCCUCGCCGACCCCACUUCGCAUCUAUACCGCCUCGUACACCCCGACGGACAUUACGACAGUUAGUCAUCGUAUAUGACGCUUCGAUUCCAGUAAUACCAACCCAUGGGAUCAUUAAAGGUUACAUAGUUAUUAUAAGUGAACUAAAACCAUAUUUAAAAAUGAUCCGCAAAUAAUUUGGUACUAAAAAGUAUAUUUCACCUUGAAUGAUACCAACUUAACCCUUUCACGGACAGAGACCAUGGGUCAUUGAUGGUUCAUAGAUAGUAUGACACCUUGGAAUCGGAACGUCAUUAGACGUUCUGUCCUUGAA